AUGGCGGCUUCUUACGGUAAUGAGGAUUUGCGACAUAUUCACGAGGAUGGAAGGGCGUCUGAAUUCAACGGAUUAAGCGGCCUGUUCUCCGUGGAUGCCGCCCUAGGAGACCAGACAGUCACGGCGGCUUUCGAUACCCGCCACAUGCCACCAUCCCAAAGUCGGUUGUCUACUCUUGCAACUACGUACACCGCGGAUAUCUACCUAUGUGAAGCUGCGCCUAGUCUUUGCCCCGCGCACUUUUCCAAGGAUACGGAGCGUAGCACACAAACCGGACACCUGUAG